GUGAAUCCGUUGCUUGAAGCUUUUGGCAACGCCCAGACUGUGAUGAAUGACAAUAGCAGCCGCUUUGGAAAAUACAUACAGCUGCGUUUCCAGAAGAAUACAGUGCAAGGUGCCAAGCUGAGUGAGUACCUGUUAGAGAAGUCACGGGUAGUGCAACAAGGUACUGGAGAGAGGAAUUUCCAUAUCUUCUACUACAUUUUUGCUGGACUCUCUUCAGAGGAAAAGGAGAUGUAUGGGCUACUGGAUCCUUCACUCUACAGGUACAUAAAUGGACAAUUUGGUACACUGGAUGUAGCUCAGCGCUGGAAGCACAAAUACCAAGAGGUGUGCAAUGCCCUUGACAUGGUGGGCUUCCAAGAACAGGAGCAAGUGGACAUGCAGGCUAUCUUGGCUGGUGUGUUGUCUCUGGGCAAUGUGACCUUUGAGCCUGAGGAGAGCAAUGGGUCUGUAAAAGUGAGUGAAGCCUCCCGGGGAUGGCUAAAGGCUGCAGCGAGUCAGUUUGGAGUCCAAGAAGAAGAACUGUUAAAAUGCCUUAUUUGUACAAUGUCGGUGACCCGAGGCGAGCAGAUUCAGCGUUUUCACACCCAGCAGCAGGCAGAAGAUGCUCGUGACUCCAUUGCAAAGGUGGCAUAUGGCCGAGUAUUUGGCUGGAUUGUCUGCAAGAUCAAUGAGCUGCUGGCUGAAAAUGUGGAUCCUGAGGUGGAACUGAGGGAGAUAGGUAUCUUGGAUAUUUUUGGGUUUGAAAACUUCACAGUGAAUCAUUUCGAACAACUUUGCAUAAACUUGGCCAAUGAGCAACUGCAGCAUUUCUUCAACCAUCUGGAGCAGGCUGCCUAUAAGGAAGAAGAGCUGCCUUGGGACACUAUCACGUUCAACAAUAAUGAACCUAUUCUGAAUUUGCUCCUGGCCAAGCCACUUGGGCUCCUCUCUCUUCUGGAUGAGCAGAGUGCAUUCCCUCAGGCAACUGAUAAGACAUUUGUGGAUAAACUAAACAGCAGCUUCAAGGGGAAUUUACACUUCGAGCCAGGCCGAGGCCGUGUUCUGGGCUUCAGCAUCAUUCACUAUGCUGGCAAAGUACAAUAUACUGCUGAGGGCUUUCUAGAGAAGAACAGAGACACCUUGCCAGCCAGCAUCCGUGGGCUCUUCAUCAACAGCGUCACCCCCUUGCUCAGCAUGCUGUUCACAGCCACUGUCUCCAGGACAGGGACACUGAUGCCUCAUGUGAAAGCCAAGGUCACACCAGGAGCAGACGACAAGUUCAACAGCACACGAAAACAGUCUGCUGGAGCUCAGUUCCGGCAUUCCCUGAUGGUGCUCAUGGAGAGAAUGUAUUCUGCCAACCCCCACUUUGUGCGCUGUAUAAAGCCCAACAGAAGGAAGGAGCCAGCUGUGGUGGACAGCCAGGUGGUGCUGCAGCAGAGAAGUUUAGGACUGACUGAAAGCAUUUCUGACUGCAGAGGAACAAACUUGUCUCCUAAUGACCUGUUUCUGUUUGUUUCUCUGAUGCUCUUUGUGGUGCUGCCUCAGCUCCGGUACAACGGACUGCUGGAGACAAUCCGUAUCCGAAGAGAUGGUUUCUCCUGGAGACCCUCAUUUGAGGAAUUUGCUGAAAGAUAUGGAAUUCUUCUAGCUAAACCAGAUGUUUCCCUCACAAAAGAAAG